AUGCUGGAAGACAGCAGUGAGGAACAGGACAGAAAGAAACAACGUGAUACAAAUAUUGCAUUGCUAUUGAUGGCUUUCAUACCCCAACUAAAAGAAUCUUUUCACGAGAAGUUCGGUGACUCCAAGUCUCUUCAACUAUCACAAGUCAUUAGAUUUUGUAAAUUAAAGACUUCAUCGGGCUCUUCCUCUUUAGUAUCCGACGCAUUGGCUGCGCAAGACAAAAGAAGUUAUCAAAAGAAAGGAAAUAAAGGAUGUCUGAUUUGUGGCGCGGACUGUCGCUUAAGCAACUGUUCUCUGCUUAAGAGAAGGCUCCCGGAAGCCAGAAUCUUUAAGUUAUAUCCUAAUGACAAGUUAAGCGCACCUUCGUCUGCUAGCGUGGCGAUGACAGACUAUGAAACGCCACCCAGCAGAGCAAACCGGAAACCACCAACAUCUUGGCUUUGCAUGCUAUCUUCGACUGUUCUCUCGUAA